AGAGAAGGGAGAGGACAAGGAAGAGAGAGACCUGAAGAGACAUCUCUGAAGAAACAGCUUGAACUUCUUUAUUCCCAGUGAACCCAGCGCCAUGGACACUAAAGGCUCGUUUUCCUGCGGCUUCUUCUUGCUGCUUCUCAUCCAGCUCCAGCCCAGCAGAGCCAACCCCAUCUACAGCCUCAGCCCAGCCAAAGAACUGGCCAGCAUGGAGGCUCUGCUGGAAAAACUGGAGAAUAAGUUUGCAAUGAUUGAAGCCCUGGAGUCCAAUCCUGACCUGCAAGAGCCCAAAACCCAGGAGGAGAUGCCCCCAGAACUCACAGAUGACAGUGAGGAGCAGAAGGCUGAACCCAGGCUCGCACCCAGCACCCCUCUGUCCUACAGGGACCCCUUCCUCAAGAGACUGCGGGGACUGCAGAUGCCCAGGAUGAUGAGAGAUUCUGGCUGCUUCGGGAGGAGAAUUGAUAGAAUCGGUUCCCUGAGCGGAAUGGGUUGCAACGGUCCCAGGAAGAAUUAGGACAACCUCCCUAGACCCUACUUUGAAGAAUGCUUUACAGUACCUGUUCCUCCCAAGACGAAAGCCAGAUGCUUUCCAAACUCUCCAACAGAAAGUUAUUCCUAUUUCUAUUUAUUUAUUUAUUUAUUUAUUUGACUUUUUUUUAAAGAACAUUUCUUACUCUAGCACCAAGAGACCAUCUUUAAAUAAAACUAACACGUUAGACAUCUA